AUGGCGAGGUUCCAGUUUGUGCCAGUCAAAUUGAGCUGGACAGCAUUUUUGGCUCUGGCCCACUUCACAUAUCUGCUGAUUGGGGCCACCAUCUUCCAGAUCCUGGAGCGAGAGGCUGAGAACAACAACCGAAACCACUUCCAACUGGAGAAAUUGAAUUUCCUGGCUAACUACACCUGUCUGGAUGGACCAGCCUUGGAGAAGUUUGUUGAGGUUAUUUUGGAUGCCUGGGAAAAGGGAGUGAACCCCUCGGGCAACUCAACAAACCCCAGCAACUGGGAUUUUAGUAGCUCCUUCUUUUUUGCAGGCACAGUAGUCACAACUAUAGGCUAUGGCAACCUCUCCCCCAGCACUGUAUCUGGUCAAGUGUUUUGUGUGUUUUACGCACUGUGUGGAAUCCCACUGAACCUGGCCUUCCUCAAACAACUGGGAAAAUGUCUCACCAUCCAUCUGGGGCGACUGGAGAGGGGAAUGGUCUCCGUUGUUCCACACAAGCAAACAGUUGAGGCUCUGGCAGUGAGUUUGUUCUUCAUCGCAGGCAGCGUGCUGUUUUUGGUCAUCCCCCCUCUGCUGUUCAGUUAUGUGGAAGGCUGGACGUUUGGCGAGGGCUUCUAUUUCGCCUUCAUUACUCUCAGCACCAUUGGUUUUGGAGACUAUGUGGUGGGGACUGACCCAGGCAAGGAUUACAUCUCUCUGUACCGUAGCCUUGCAGGCAUAUGGAUCAUCUUUGCCUUGGCUUGGCUUGCUCUCAUCCUCAACAUAGGAGCCAGAAUAAUGGAGCAUGCGAUUGGCCUGACUCAUCCAAGCUUUAAAAAACAAGAAGAGGAAGAGGACGUGUCAUCCAGUAAACUAGAGGACACAUCAAAGAUCUGA